CUUGAACUAAACGGAUGAAGCUAAUUGUGACAUUGGUGUUGGUUUUAGCGACAGUCUUUUUGGGUCUGAUAGACGGGUAUGAUUGCAAGAUUGUGCAGUUCAUCUUUGGGGACUCGUUAUCAGAUAAUGGGAACAACAAUCGGCUUUCCAAGAGUUUUGCUCAAGCGGCCCUGCCUUGGUAUGGCAUUGACUUCGGUAAUGGAAUGCCGAAUGGCAGGUUCACCAACGGCCGAACCGUCGCUGAUAUCAUAGGUGAUAAGAUGGGACUACCCCGACCUCCGGCUUUCCUCGACCCCUCGUUAUCCGAAGAUGUAAUUCUCGCCAACGGGGUGAAUUUUGCUUCAGGAGGUGGCGGGAUCUUGAACGAAACUGGUGGUUUAUUCAUUCAAAGAUUCUCAUUUUACAAGCAAAUAGAGUUAUUCAAUGGAGUUCAAACUAUGAUCCGAGGCCAAAUUGGCGACGAAGCAGCGACCAAAUUCUUUCAGGAGGCAAAAUAUGUUGUCGCGUUAGGUAGCAACGAUUUCAUCAACAACUACUUGAAUCCCCUUUACUCUGAUUCUUGGACGUACAAUGACGACACUUUCAUCGACUACCUAACGGAAACUCUUGGUGCUCAACUUACGGUGUUGCAUGGGAUGGGGGUAAGAGAGUUGAUGGUUUUCGGGUUAGGGCCUAUGGGUUGUAUUCCUCUUCAAAGGGUGUUGAGUACUUCUGGUGAUUGUCAAGAAAAAACAAACACCCUUGCUCUUAACUUCAACAAAGCUGUUGCUAAACUCAUGGAUGAUCUGUCGGCAAAGCUUCCAAAUGCGAGUUACAAGUUUGGAGAUGCUUAUGAUGUUGUUAAUAAUGUCAUAACGAAUCCUAGUAAAUAUGGUUUUGACAAUGCCGAUUCGCCAUGUUGCUCGUUUGGAAGGAUUAGACCAGCUUUGACGUGUAUACCGGCAUCAAGAUUAUGUAAAAACCGAAGUAAAUAUCUGUUUUGGGAUGAAUACCAUCCAUCGGAUCGUGCGAAUGAGUUGAUUGCUAAUGAACUUAUAAGAAAGCUAGGGUUUAAGCCUAUCAAACAAACUGAUGGCCCGUCCGCAUCUCCGACCUCUGCUCCUGCUCCCAGUGACGAUUGAUCUUGUAGGUUACACCCGUUAUAUUAAUGACCGUAUGCUAAAUAUCAUGUAGGUUACAUGUUGUACUAUAUGUAGUUUUCUGGAUGAUGUUUCUGAAUUGUGUUAUCAAUUCCAGAUUCAAGUAUUUCGUUGUGUAGAUUACUCGAAAUCUUAAUUGAAUAAUCCAGAAAACUCAAAAACUA